CGAUGCCAUCGUCGAUGACGUCAUUUGUUGACGAUUUCGAUCGACGCCGAUCCCCGAGGAAGUCACGGACGAUUGACGAUCGACCUGCGACCUGGGACCUCUUGAUCAUCUGCAGAUCUACCUCUUACUACGUCUCCUUCGUUCACAACCGACUACACACUCUCGAUAGUCAAAAUAGCUCAGACUGAACCAUAAUGUCUACCGCCAUCAUCCAAGGAGCUACCGGCGGCCUGGGACUACCUCUGGUCAAACUACUACUGGAAAAGACUCAGUUGAACGUGAUCGCCCUGACUUCCAAGUCCAAGCCGUCAUCCUCUGCCUCAUCCUCAUCCUCAUCCUUAUCGGCCUCAUCGAAAAUCCUAUCUCAUCCCCGGGUCAAACUCAUCAACUCGGUCGACCUUCUGGAUGAACAGACUGUUCAACGAGCGGCUGAUGAGGUAAAGGAUAUCUUGGGCGGGAAGAAGGAUGUUAGGUUGGUCGUCUGUCUCGCUGGGCAGCUUCACCCGGAAAAAUCCCUCGCCCAACUAGACCCCUCCACAGCACUCCAAUCACUCGCCCUGAACUCUCUGGGCCACCUCCUCCUCUAUAAACACAUCUUACAGUUCGUCCCUACUUCUCGACAAUUCCAAUCUCAACUAGAAGAUCUGCAAGAAAUUGGUGACCCGGCAAGAGGAUGGAUAAGACCCGAUGGAGGUGUCUGGCUAUCGACUUCGGCUAGGGUGGGGAGUAUUGGGGAUAAUCGGAAGGGGGGGUGGUAUAGUUAUCGAGCAUCUAAAGCGGCCUUGAAUCAGAUGAUCCGGACGCUGGACCACGAGUUGGUCAUGAAGAAAUCAUCGGCUUUGGCUAUGGCGUAUCACCCAGGCACGACCCUGACCUCAUUUACCCGCCCGAUUAUCGGUUCCCCAGAACCCGAUCCCAGUCGAGGCUUGUUCACGCCCGAAGAAGGGGCGUUGAAGAUGUUGGAAAUGAUCCAGCGGGCGAGGCGAGGCGAUGUCCGCGGCGAAACUGGGGAGAUGACAGGGCAUGGUGGGGGAUUUUACGAUUGGAAGGGAGAGCGUGUGGAGUGGUAGUUCGGGCUAGGUCGGCGGGCGUUGGGUGGUCAUGACAAAGUGCCAGUGAUCGUCGAGCAAUAUCGCUGAACGGAUUUCUCAUGGGAGAGCUGUGGUC